GUUGCUCUUCCUUAUCGCCUCGGUAAACGUGACUGUUGUCCCCGGCAGCUUCACCAUCCUCCCACAGCGCUACGCUACGCUACGUUACACUACACUACACUACACUGUACCUGUGCCACACAACAAUGGGGCUGUAAUGUCGGCGACGGGCGAGACCGGAGCAUCUUCUCGAGAGUGCUGAGUCUGUGCAUGGAUUUAAUGAUGAUGAAAAAGAAGAAAUUCAAGUUCAGGGUGGAUUUUGAGCUGGACGAGCUGUCGUCGGUGCCCUUUGUCAACGGUGUCCUCUUCUGUAAAGUCAGGCUGCUGGACGGCGGGUUCUCCGAGGAGUCCUCUCGGGAGCCAGUGCAGGCCAAUUGUGUUCGGUGGAGGAAACAGUUCUCUUUCCCCUGCAAGAUGAGUGCCAAUGCAGGGACGGGUGUACUUGACCCCUGUGUGUGUCGUGUAUCCGUCAGAAAGGAGCUGAAGGGUGGAAAGGCGUAUGCAAAGCUCGGUUUUGCAGAUCUGAAUUUAGCAGAGUUUGCCGGCUCAGGGAAUACAACCCGCAGAUGUCUGCUGGAAGGCUACGAUACCAAAAAUACUCGUCAAGAUAACUCCAUUCUCAAGGUUAUCAUCAGUACCCAGCUCAUGUCAGGAGAUCCCUGUUUUAAAACGCCUCCCUCAACGGCCACAGUGAUCGGGAUCCAGGGUGACGGAGAGAGCCUGCUGGAGGAGAGGAGGGGAGGAGACUCACAGAAAGGCUGCUCUGCAGAGAGUCGCGAAGGGAAGUGUCCGGUUGUUUCUGAUGAGCUGGGGGUCUGUGGCCACUCCCGAACAUCCAGCUACGCCAGCCAACAGUCCAAACUUUCAGGCUACAGCACCGGUCACUCCCGCUCCUCCAGCAUGUCAGAGUUCGGCCACCGGAGAAACCAUUCAGUGGGCAGCGCCUCAACGGGCAUCGGCAGCAUCCCAGAACCCAGCGAGGACAGAGACAGAGAGUCCAGGCCCUGUCCUGCGCUGCCCGAACACCCAAACCCCACCGCCACCACUAGCUACCCACAAGGCACACCAGUACGGAGUGCCUCAUCCUGUGAACGACUCAACAGACACCCAGUGAAACAAGACUCCAUGGAGUCGCAGCUAAAGAGAAUGGACGACACACGGGUGGAUGCUGACGAUGUUGUGGAAAAGAUUCUUCAGAGUCAAGACUUCACACCAAGCCUACUGGACUCCAGUGCUGAAGAGGAGGGCUUGCGUCUGUUUGUUGGGCCUGGGGGAAGUACAGCCCUCGGAAGCCAUCACCUUCCCACCAGGGUUGGUGCUGGAGCGUACGAGCAGGUGGUGAUGAAGCGUUAGACCUGCAGCCCCUUAGUGAUGGACUGACACUGCUCGACAUCCAAAAAUCGGUAACAAGGCCGUGU